UUACCUUCUCCCAUCAUCCUUUGCACUUCUUGGUAAUCUUAUUAAAUAUCAUGUUAAGGAUAAGCAGUUACUUAUUUAUCGUCCUCCAAAAUGUGUUGGCCCACCGGCUCUUAAGUUCAUUCAUAAAAUGGCAGACAUAUAUCCUAGUGAAUAUAAGCAUGAUGAAUCUUCAAAUGAUGGUGUAUUGGAAUGUAAUUUCUAUUCAUUUAGUGUAUUACGCCUACUUGCUAAGAUAAAGAAUAAAAUUGGCACUGCUAGACCUUGGGUAUGUGUUUUAGAAGCAGUGUAUGUUGAGAAACCUAUUGUAGAUCCCUUAACGGACCUCAUACCUCUCAUUUCUACAAACAUUUGA